ACAGCCUCCCUCCGCUCUACAUUACAGCAGUGUGCUCGCUCUGAACGGACACGGACACACACAAACACUCCUUACAUGUCCCAGGCCCGCCGUAAUCCUCGCAGAUAGGAGCUUCGGAUCGGGGCACACACACGUUAUCUCUUCUAAUCUUCCUGGUUCGUCGGCGUAGUUAGUAGAAAAGCUAGUCCUCGUAAUGGCGACGGCUGCGGUGUCUGCCCCUGCUGGCUGCGGCCCCAGCCCCGGGCCAGGUACGGAGCUGGUCCGCGGGCAGGCCUUUGACGUCGGGCCUCGCUACAGCAACCUGUCCUACAUCGGGGAGGGAGCCUACGGGAUGGUGUGCUCUGCUUAUGACCGGGACAACAAAAUCCGUGUUGCUAUCAAGAAAAUCAGCCCCUUCGAGCACCAGACAUACUGCCAGCGCACGCUCCGAGAGAUCAAGAUCCUUCUGCGCUUCAAACACGAGAACAUCAUUGGAAUCAACGACAUCAUCCGCGCUCCCUCCAUUGACCAGAUGAAGGACGUUUAUAUUGUCCAGGACCUGAUGGAAACUGACCUGUACAAGCUCCUCAAAACCCAGCACCUGAGCAACGAUCACAUCUGUUACUUUCUAUACCAGAUUCUACGAGGCCUCAAAUACAUCCACUCCGCCAACGUCCUGCACCGCGAUCUAAAGCCCUCCAACCUUCUGCUCAACACCACCUGUGAUCUCAAGAUCUGUGAUUUUGGUUUGGCCCGUGUGGCUGACCCUGACCACGACCACACCGGUUUCCUCACAGAGUAUGUAGCCACACGCUGGUACAGAGCACCCGAGAUCAUGCUCAACUCCAAGGGCUACACCAAGUCCAUAGACAUCUGGUCAGUUGGCUGCAUUCUGGCAGAGAUGUUAUCCAAUCGGCCAAUUUUCCCUGGAAAGCACUACCUGGAUCAACUUAACCACAUACUGGGGAUUCUGGGCUCUCCUUCUCAAGAAGAUCUCAAUUGCAUCAUCAACAUUAAAGCAAGAAACUACUUAUUAUCGCUGCCUCUGCGUUGCAAAGUUCCCUGGAAUCGCCUCUUUCCCAAUGCCGACCCUAAAGCCUUGGAUCUGCUGGACAAAAUGUUGACCUUUAACCCUCACAAAAGGAUUGAGGUGGAGGAGGCUCUAGCACAUCCCUACUUGGAACAGUACUAUGAUCCCACAGAUGAGCCAGUUGCUGAGGCACCAUUUAAAUUUGACAUGGAGCUAGAUGAUUUACCCAAAGAGACACUAAAGGAGCUCAUCUUUGAAGAGACGGCACGUUUCCAACCGGGCUUUAGGUCCUAACACCCUUCACAGGGAUCUGUGGACUGGCCUCUGGAUUGCCACUGCUCCUCCCCCUCUCUACUACAUUGCUGUAACUUUUGGUUAAACCUUCAUUUCCUCUUUCGUUGUCCAAAUCAUCUGGAUCCCUUGGGUCUCGCGUGUCAAGUUCACUUUGCUCAGGAAUGGCGACCGGACUCGACAAAUCAGUCAUCAGUCAUUUUGUUUGACUCUGUUGGAGGUGAGGGGAGGAGAGGGUCAUAUCACAGGUUGCAGUUCUGGGUGGUAUUUGUUUCAAAGCCACGAUCAACCAUUGUCUGCGUGUGUCAAAGGCUGUGUGGCUCUGGCUAUUCCCUGUUACUCUUUUGUUUAGUGCAGUCAUAAACUAGCUGUUGUGCUGUGGUGACUUAAACAAGCGAGCAACGCUACUCGAUCAUGUAUCUUUAGUAUUUCAUUACCUGUCACACUGUCCCAAUGGAGGAUGUAUAUUUUCUUGUUUACAGGAAAACCAACCGAUUUAUGCAACAAGUCAGAGUUAGCCAGAGACCUCAUGGGCCAAAAGCCAUUUCUGAAGAGGGUUCACUCUUCAAAAGCUGUCUGUUUUAUCAUAGUUUAUGUAUUUUAAAUCCUUGACACACAAGAAUGCCCCAAAUCAAAUGUAUACACAAAAAUAGAAACGUAUAUUAUAUAUAACAUAAAAGUCUUAAAUAUUUUAAUGGAAAGUGCAUUUAGAAGAUGAAUCGGGAGUAUCUAUGCGACUGCUUUAUUUGAGUAUCUAUUCAAAUGCCCCUGUUUGUUUUUGUAUUGACUUUCACAUGAAGUGAAGUUAAUGGAAAAUCAAGUAAACAACAACUAGGCUCGUGCUGUGGGUUUUGCCUUGGCCAUGAAACCUGUCUGCUUGCUUCUUUCCGAGCAGUGUGUACAUCGUGUGAGGUUUGAUUCAGAGAAAAGUUUGUAUGUCAAAAACAUGGUCGUGCCUCCCUUUUGUUCUUUUCUGUCAGUCUCUUUUUCAGUUUCUUUUCCACCUUGUUGGAAUUCUACUGUGCUCUUUGCAUGACUGUUAUAAGCUCUGUAUACAAAGACGACAAUGUUAAGUGCCACUCAAGCCGGGCCAGCCCAUCGCGGAGUGCCUGCGCUCUUUUAGUUCUACCUUUGUGGUAUAUCACACUUUCCGAUCACAUGGUGCUUUUGUCCUCUUUUGCUUCAUUUUGUCUUUGUUGUAAUACAAAAACAGUUCCCUCUCUUUUUAAGGUUUGCAUGUAAAUCUUUUUGUAAAAGGAGAAUAACCAUAUACAUAUAUACAUAUAUAUAUAGUAAUGCCAAUUACAAAACCUUUUUUCUGUAUUUGAGUGAAAUGAAGUAACUUUGCACAUCAAUUUACGAUUAUUGCUGAGUGUCAGUACCAAGUAGAAAAUGGGCAGUACCACAUUUUCACAGCUCUUGACUGCUAAUUGAAGACUGUUUAACAAAAAAAUUGUAAUUACACAUUUUGAAGUGAGAAUAUUUCUGUACAUCUUUAAAUGAAUCAGCUUGUGUAUUUCCUGAUCUUUUGGUACGUCAUCAAUUCAGUUUUUUCCUAUUUUUCAUUUGAAACAGCGAAAUGCAAAAAAUACAUCUUAACAAACUGAUAAAUAAAACUCAGUUCUAUGAAAUUCAAGCACUUAGUAAUAAAAUGGUCAAAUUUGACCUCAGUUAAAAGCUAUUUUAAAAAAUCUAUUUAUGAUCUUCAUUUUUCCCUCCCAACUUCAUUACAUGUUCCAGAUGAACAUCGUAACUUUUAAGAACUGUUGGUUUUGUUUCCUCUGCAUUCUGUAUUUACAAAAUAAGUUUAUUCAGAUAUGAGUUGUUGGUUUAAUGCAAAAUAAUUUUGUAAAGGGGAAUAUUUGUAUUGGAUUAAAAUGAAGUCUAAAUCAUUUAAAAUGAACCAUUUGAAACCUUCAUGAAUUUUCAUGCAAUCAUGUAAAUUGGCAUUUUGCACAAAGAAGAAAUGAUGUAAAUCUUCUACUGUUUAAAGUAAUUUGAAUGAAUUACUUGAAAAUAAUUAUGUGUCCAUUUAAAGUAUACUGAAUUUUCAGGUGUGUCUUUACAGCAUGUCCAAGGUUUUCAGAUUCAAUUUUCUGUGGUUUAACUUGGGAAGCUACUGUAAAACUGGAAGUUUGCCCAGUCGUGUUUUAUCUUGUUGCACGUAAUGCCAUUUUUGACAAAUGUAUUUUUUUCAAAAAUGACUUUGCUCUUACCAAGUUCAUCUGACGUGAGGUUUCAGGUUGAAGUGUCUCUAAUUCUCCUCACCUUUGCUCUAGACAGUACACCUGCGUGUCCAUUUGAAAUGCACUUCUACAGUAGUUGGGGCUUGUAAUCCGAGGUGCCUGCCGGGACUUGACUGGUCUGUAGAUAGUCUUUUCCGUGUUCAGUGGGAGGGCACUAUAAACCUGGGAUUAGUUGUUUUAAGCUUCUGCUGACUCUAUGUGCAACCUGUCUGUCUGUGCCUUUUUGAUAGUCUUGAUAUCCAAGAUUUGAUGUGCAGCUUUUGUUUAGUGGGGGACUUGUUGCAGAUUUGCUCUAUGAAAAUGAACACAAUCAAAGAGGGGCGGGGGCAUGGUGGGGGGGGACGCUUUUUCAUUUCUGUAAAAUUUUAAGAGAUGUGUUGCCACAACCGUGAUUUGUGACUAUAUCGAAAAAAAUGAAACAUUUAUAUUUUUGACGCUUUCCUUAUUCCUUGAGCCUUUUCUUUUGAUGUUUUUGUGCAAAUAUUUUUAUUGUAAAAAUGAAUGUUAUGUUUCUAUCAGACACUAAUCUUGUUUGAAAUGUCUUCGGUGGAACUACUUCACUCUGUAUGUUUUGAUCAAUAUAAACCUUUAAUUGUGUACUUAACAUUUUGAAGAAAAGAGGUCUUUGGUUGUAUUUUAAAAAUGUUCUGUUAGACCUGCCAUAGUAAUUGUUUGAAAUGAGUCAAGUUUUACUUUGCUGUUGUGUGAAGGAUUUGACUUGAACGAAGCAUUUCUUUGCUAUUAAAAAUGUCAAUUUGAA